AUGCUGGGCACAUGGCUGUUAACAUCCUGCACAGGCCUUACCACUCGCAAGCCUCCAUUUCCCUCCACGCUUCGCUUCGCUUCGCUUGAUUACCGGCGUUGGCUACAAGUGGCAGCCCAGAGCAAUCGAAGCGAAGGCGUGAUCACGCAAGAGCUGCAAGAUCGAUUCGACGAACUCAAGGCUUCGCUCGAUAAAUCCGAAGAGGAAGAUCCAGAGCUUCGAAACAGCUUGAAAGAUAUUGAGCAGCAGCUGGAGGAGCUGAAGCAAGGAAAGCUGGACUUGGAUCAGGCAAAGCAGCAGCUGCACAGGUCUCGCGAAGAGCUUGAUGCCGCCGAUGCAGCCUGGACGGCCACUUGCUUUGCCCUGGCAUCAGAAUUCCUCGGCGGCACCAGAGAGAUCAUGGACAGCCUCGAGCGUCUUGUGGCCAACGAUUUGCCGCCUGAAGAGGCUGCAGAGAUAAAGCUCUUUCGCAUGGUCAACGUGUGCGUUCACAAGCGAGCAGAAGGAGGUGAGACGUCUGCACUUGCGCUCGAUCUCUUGAAGCAAGUCAUGGCAGCCAUGAAGAGAGGCAAAAGGCCUCCGAAGAUGCCAAGAGAAUGGGCGGACUUCGCUGACAGCGAAGACGCCGCAGCCCAGGUGCGGGAGCAGUCUGACAAGCUCUGGGACCUGUUCAGGGCGCAGGCCGACAUCGCUGUCAAAAAUAGCCACUGGACCAAGCGCGGUCCACCUCUGUUCUUCCUGGUGUUUGCACUCCCAGCCUUGAUCUCAGUCGAUUUGCAUCGAAAUUUGCGGAAUUAG